UGUCAUUCACAGAACCAUGAAGCUUUCUCUCUCUUUGGAAGUAAAGAGAGUUUCGGGUAUUGUCUUGUUGCUGUUGCUUCUCUGCACUCAAUGCGCUGGCAGUCUCACUGGCUCCAAUGUCUGCACCACUCGUGUCAGCUUCAAGGUGUCUCAAAAAAUUACUGUGCAACAACGCUACACGGUGAAGUCCAGUACGCGGUGUUGGGAUCUCUGGGGCUGGUUUUCCUGCACGGUGACACGUGUAAAAUAUAGAACUAUCUACAGAACAACAUAUUCGACGACGUAUCAAACGAAGUACCUCUGUUGUUCUGGGUACUCUGCCGUAGGCAACGUAUGCAAACCUAUUUGCUCGCCUACUUGCAAGAACUCGGGAACGUGUACGAGUCCAGGGCGAUGCCAGUGCUCGUCCGGAUGGACGGGAUCUAGAUGUACAACACCUGAAUGUGAUCCUGGCUGUGCUAAGAACGGUGGAACCUGUAAGGCUCCGUUUAAGUGCCUCUGUCCAGCUGGACUUUCAGGCCCUUCGUGUCAGACAGCAUGCAGUGGUGACCGAUUUGGACAGAAUUGCGCUCAGAGGUGCUCAUGCCGCAACGGAGCUUUAUGCAACCCCGUUACAGGAGCUUGUACCUGCACGGCUGGAUGGCUGGGAACAAACUGCGAUCAGGCAUGUCCAACAGGAACUUAUGGCCUAGGGUGCUUCUCCUGCACGUGCAAGAAUGGAGCGUCAUGUGACCACGUCACUGGAGUUUGCACUUGUCCUCUCGGAUAUUACGGAAAAUCAUGCGAGCAUCCCUGCUCCGCGUGGACCUUCGGUCACAAUUGCAGCCACUCUUGUCUAUGUGACAAAUCGAACACUUUCAACUGCAGUCACGUGAGCGGUCGUUGUGAAUGUCGACAUGGCUGGAGAGGUGCAAUUUGCACGGACACAUGCCCCGACGGUCUCCACGGGCCUAAUUGCAACUUCAACUGCACAUGUCAGAACGGCGGAACAUGUGAUCCUUAUACGGGAAAUUGCAGCUGCCCUCCUGGGUUCAUUGGUCAAGACUGCGAGAAAACUUGCCCCGCAAAUACGUAUGGUUUCAAAUGUCAACACAAGUGCACAUGUGUUAACAGUGGAUUGUGCAAUCCUGUUGAUGGGACAUGCACUUGUAUUGGGCAUUGGGUCGGUCAAGAUUGUGAGAAACCCUGUUCAGACGACUGGGAGUACUGGAAUGGAACUGCUUGUAUUGCAUGUCCUUGUGAGAGAACAAACAGUCGAAGGUGUAAUCAGAGUAGCGGUGAUUGUGAGUGCUUGGAUGGAUGGGCACUGCCAUCGUGCCAUGCAAGUUGCCAGAAUGGAAUGUUUGGCCAGAAGUGCCUUGGUCAUUGUCAGUGUCAGAACGGUGCAUACUGUAACCCAGUGGACGGAUCGUGUGUCUGCGCGAAUGGAUACAAUGGCACGAUUUGUGAUCAAACUUGUCCGUAUGGAACGUAUGGGUUCUACUGCAUUGGGUCGUGUGGAUGUCAGAAUGAUGGCGCUUGCUCUCUCGUCGAUGGGUCGUGCUCUUGCUUGGAUGGGUGGCGUGGUACAUUAUGUGAAUUGAAGUGCGACAGUGGCUUCUACGGUGAUCGCUGCCGUCGAGAAUGUUUGUGUCUGAAUGGAGCCGCUUGUGAUCAUGUCGAUGGAUCGUGUACUUGUACUGAUGGAUGGUUGGGAGAGAAUUGUUCUGAAUCUUGUUCGGGAUUUCAAUUUGGGGCUGACUGUGUACAGCUUUGCAAUUGCGAUAAUGCUGAGAGUUGCAAUAACGUGGACGGCACAUGCCACUGCAAACCAGGCUGGAUUGGUUCUACCUGUUCUAAUCCGUGUCCAUCAGGACUAUGGGGUUAUGAGUGUAGUAACAACUGUACAUGCCACAAUGCAGGCACUUGUGACCACAAAAUUGGUGACUGCAGCUGCACCGAAGGCUGGACCGGGAGUACAUGUUCACAACCGUGCGGGAAAGGCAUGUACGGUCGAGACUGUAUGGAACACUGUGACUGCAAAUUUGACUACUGUGAUGCAAGAAAUGGCACUUGCUUGUGUCCAGAAGGUUGGACCGGACUUCGUUGUGAUCAAGAAUGUCCGGACGGUACAUUUGGAGUGGGCUGUCAAGAAUGCCAAUGUGAGCACGAAGAUGCAGUGUGUGACAAAAAAUCUGGCUGCCUAUGCCCCAGCGGACGCACAGGAGAUGAUUGCGAAGCCGUGUGUGAGAUUGGUUUCUACGGCGUUGGAUGUACACAAACAUGCAGUGAGGAAUGUCUAGACGGAAUAUGUGACCCGGAGACAGGAAUUUGUGCUUGUCCAGAGGGUCAGUCUUGGGACGGUGAGAACUGUCAAGAGACAGUUGUAAUUUCAGGAGGGUCAAAGGCAGAGCAGGGAAAGGCGAAAGACUCAUCUGGUAUAUGGGGAGGUGUUGGAGGUGGUGUAGCUGUGAUUCUUGUGGCCUUGUCUAUUAUACUGGUGAUAGUAAUAAGACGAAGAAAGCGUGCGGACAACGCGAUUGUGAGCUAUGGGAAUAUGCGUGAAGGUCAAGUGUCAAUACGAUCAACACAACCUUGUGAUUCUACUGUGGCAUGUGCAGAGUAUGACUCGCUCGGUGACCGCAAGGAAGCUGAAAACAAUAACUCUUCAGGGAAAAUAGUAUCAAAUAGCAAUACGUACAGUAAACUGAUGAGGAACGGUUCGGAGUAUGACAACCCUAAGGAUCUCGCUGCGGACACAGGGAAAGUAUCGGUAGUUCCACAUCCGGAUGAGCAUCUGUACUAUAGUAAACCAAUGCCAAGAAUGCAGAGCUUGGAGAAUCCGUGUUACGGUGAAGCUGCGUUUAUUGCCGGUGCUGCUCGUCUUACUAAAGAUGAGCCAUUGUAUGAGACUGCAGAUGCAGUGCGCCAGGAUGGGGGCUGUCGUUUACAGCUGAGUUCCAAAGAGUGUCUCGGAGAGUUUCUACGAGCGAAAGUUACUCAAAGAGGUCUAGUACGUUAUGUUGGGAUGCCUGGAGUGUCUUUUCCUGCACGUACUCGAUAUAGAACUAUCCACAAAACGGUGUAUUCGAUAACAUACCAAAGGAGGUACUUCUGUUGUUCUGGAUACUCGGCCGUAGGCAACACAUGCAAACGUGAGUGCUCGUGUGAUCAUAAAUCAGCCAAAAUGGUGACUAUUAAUGUAUUGAUUGCAGCCGUGUGCUCUCCUACUUGCAAGAACUCGGGAACUUGUACGAGUCCGGGGCGAUGCCAAUGCUCGUCCGGAUGGACGGGGUCUAGAUCUGAAUGUGAUCCCGGCUGUGCUACAAACGGUGGAACCUGUACGGCUCCGUUUAACUGCCUCUGUCCAGCAGGGAUGUCAGGCCCUUCAUGUCAAACAGCAUGCAGUGGUGACCGAUUUGGACCGAAUUGUGCUCAGAGGUGCUUAUGCCGGAACGGAGCUUUAUGCAACCCGGUUACAGGAGCAUGUAAUUGCACGGCUGGAUGGCAGGGAACAAACUGCGAUCAGGCAUGUCCAGCAGGAACAUAUGGCAUAGGUUGCUCCUCCUGCACGUGCAAGAAUGGAGCAUCAUGCGACCGCGUCAAUGGAGUUUGCACUUGUCUUCCCGGAUAUUACGGAAAAUCAUGCGAGCAUCGCUGCACCGCGUGGACAUUCGGUCACAAUUGCAUCUACUCUUGUCUAUGCGACAAAUCGAACACUUUCAACUGCAGUCACGUUAGCGGUCGGUGUGAAUGUCGACACGGCUGGAGAGGUGCAGUUUGCACGGAAGGAUGUCCGCACGGUCUCCACGGGCCCAAUUGCAGAUUCAACUGCACAUGCCAGAACGAUGGAAUAUGUGAUCCUUAUACAGGAAAUUGCAGCUGUCCUCCCGGGUUCAUCGGUGAGAACUGCGAGAAAACUUGCCCGGCAAGUACGUACGGUUUCAGAUGUGAACAGAAGUGCACGUGUGUUAACGAUGGAUUGUGCAACCCUGUUAACGGGACAUGCACUUGUGUUGGGCAUUGGGUCGGUCAACAUUGUGAGAAACCUUGUUCAGACGACUGGGAGUACUGGAAUAAAACUGCUUGUACUGUAUGUCCUUGUCAGAGAGCAAACAGUCAAUGGUGUAAUCAGUCUAGUGGUGAGUGUGAGUGCUUGAAUGGUUGGGUACAGCCGUCUUGCGAUGCAAGUUGCCAGAAGGGAAGGUUUGGCUUUAAAUGUCUCGGUCACUGUCAGUGUCAGAACGGUGCUCACUGUAACCCAGUGGGCGGAUCAUGUGUCUGCGCUAAUGGAUACAAUGGCACAAAAUGUGAUCAAAUAUGUCCGUACGGAACGUAUGGGUUUUACUGCAGUGGGUCGUGUGGAUGUCAGAAUGAUGGCGCUUGUUCUCACGUUGAUGGGUCGUGCUCUUGCUUGGAUGGGUGGCGUGGUAACUUUUGUGAAUUUCCGUGCUACAGUGGCUUCUACGGUGAUCGCUGCCGUCGAGAAUGUUUGUGUCUACAUGGAGCCACUUGUGAUCAUGUCGAUGGAUCGUGUAAUUGUACUGAUGGAUGGUUGGGAGAAAAUUGUUCUGAACCGUGUUCGGCAUUCCGUUUUGGGAAAGACUGUUUACAGCUUUGUAAUUGCGAUAAUGCUGACGGUUGCAGCAACGUGGACGGCACAUGCUACUGCAAAGCUGGCUGGAUUGGUUCCACCUGUUCUGAUCCAUGUCCACCCGGACAAUGGGGUCACGACUGUACUAACAACUGUACAUGCCACAAUGGAGGCACUUGCGAUUACGAACAUGGAGAUUGCAAUUGCACCAAUGGCUGGACUGGAAGUACAUGUACACAAGUUUGCAAGAAGGGCAGGUACGGCCAAGACUGUAAGGAACACUGUGACUGCAAAUUUGAUUACUGUGAUGCAAAGAAUGGCACUUGUUUGUGUCCAGAAGGUUUUACCGGACCUCGUUGUCAUCAGAGUUGUUUAAGUGGAUAUUAUGGUCGCAACUGUAAAAAUGAGUGCGAUUGCCAUUUCUCAAAUUGUGAUCCGUACAACGGAACGUGUUUGUGCCCUUUUGGAUGGAUUGGACACCGCUGCGACCAAGUCUGUCCGAAUGGUUUUUAUGGCACACAAUGCUUAAAACCAUGUAACUGCGACUCGGCUUGCGAUCCCACAGACGGUCGUUGUAUCUGCGCUCCUGGAAAGACAGGAGAAAUGUGCGAUCAGGAAUGUCCGGACGGUACAUUUGGACUGGGCUGUCAAUCUUGUCAAUGUGAGCACGUAGAUGCAGUGUGUGACAAAACAUCCGGCUGCAUGUGCCCUAGCGGACGCACAGGAGACAACUGCGAAGCUGUGUGCGAGAUUGGUUUCUAUGGCAUUGGAUGUACUCUAAAAUGCAGUGAGAAGUGUCCCAACGGAAUGUGUAAUUCUAAGACAGGGAUUUGUGCCUGUCCCGAAGAUCAGUUUUGGGACGGUGAGAACUGUCAAGAGACGGAAGGACCGAGGGAAGAGCAGUUAAACACAAAGGAUUCAUCUGGAAUGGACAUUGGUAAAUGGGGAGGAGUUGUAGGAGGUGCAGCGGUCAUCCUUAUAAUAAUUUCUAUUAUACUGGUGGUAGUAAUUCGACUCAGAAGAAAACGUUUGGACACUAAGAGUGUGAGCUAUGGGAACAGGUGUGAGGGUCAAGUGUCAAUAGAAUCAACACAACCUUGUGAUUCAUCAUGUGCAGACUAUGACCCCAUCGAUGACCGCAAGGAAGCUGUGGCAAACAAUAACUCUUCAGGGAAAAUUGUAUCACCUUAUACCAAUACCUACAAUGAACUGACGAGGAACGACCCGAUUUAUGACAACCCUCGAGAACCGGCUAGUGGCACCGGGAAAGGACCGUUAUCUCCAGAUCUGGAUGAGCAUCUGUACUCUAGUAAGCCGUUGCCAAAGAUGCAGAACUUUAAGAAAAGUCCGUGCUAUGAUGGAGCUGCGUUUACUGCUGGUGCUGCUAGUCGUACUGCUGAUGAGCCAUUGUAUGCGAUCACAGAUGUAGUGCGUCAGAGUGGCGAAUGAUGGAUGGUGGUGGUCAGUGCAUCGGUUCGUCGUGUCACGGUUACAUGUGCGCAAUGUGCUUUAAUUAAUUAGCAAAAAUCUUAGUAUUUUACAAAUCACUUACUAAUUUAGCAAUCUUCUUGUGUAUACGUGUGCUUAGAUCAAUGUCUUUUUGACUGUCGUUUACAGCUGAAUUGUGUAGUACAUUCUUUAUUGUUGAGAGGUCAGAAGUAACAGUGUAGCCAGCAUUCCGUGAUUGGGGUGGCAUUCAGAUCAUGCGUCAAUCAAUGGU